AUGGGACUAGGAUCAGGGGGAACCCAAGCCCUCAGUCGGAAGGAACUAUGGACUACCAAGAGAGUCUUUUUCCUUACGCCUCAAAUAAUGGUGAACGAUCUUUCUCGUGGGACGUGCCCUGCUGUAGAGAUUAAAUGUUUGGUUAUUGAUGAAGCCCACAAAGCCCUUGGAAAUCACGCCUACUGUCAGGUUGUAAGGGAACUAAGCAAAUAUACGAAUCAGUUUCGGAUCUUGGCCCUAAGUGCCACACCAGGCAGUGAUACAAAGGCUGUGCAGCAAGUUAUUUCCAACUUACUCAUCGCCCAGAUCGAACUAUGUGCUGAAGAUUCUCCGGAAAUUCAGCCUUAUUCUCAUGAGCGACAAGUGGAAAAAAUUGUUGUUCCGCUUGGUGAAGAAUUGGUAGAAAUUCAGAAUACUUACAUCCGGGUGCUAGAAACAUUUGCUGGACGCCUGAUUAAAAUAGGAGUUUUGGCAAGGCGGGACAUUCCCAGCCUUACAAAGUACCAGAUAAUUCUAGCAAGAGAUCAACAUAGAAAAAACCCGUCUUCACAAAAUGGGGUAAAUGUCUUUGGAAUACAUCAAGGCGUAAUUGAAGGAGAUUUUGCACUUUGUAUCAGUUUAUAUCAUGGUUAUGAGCUGCUGCUGCAAAUGGGAAUGCGGUCAUUAUUUAUCUACCUUUGUGGAAUUAUGGAUGGAUCAAAAGGGUUAACCCGUACGAAAAAUGAACUUGGUCGUAAUGAGGACUUCAUGAAGCUAUAUCAGCAGCUUAGAGACAUGUUUUCAGACACAUCUCUGGCUUCAGCGAAUGGAAAUGUUUACAAGAUGUUUGAAAAUAAAAAGGAAUUUAUCUACAGCCAUCCAAAAUUAAGGAAAUUGGAGGAAAUUGUAAUAGAACACUUUAAAUCCUGGAAAAAGGGAUUCAUGACUGAAAGCACAUCUGUGGACGGUGUGGAUACCAGAGUGAUGAUCUUCUCAUCAUUUCGAGAUAGCGUGCAAGAAAUUGCAGAAAUGCUUUCCCGGCUCAGUCCAGUUGUUAGAGUAAUGACGUUUGUUGGCCACUCCACAGGAAAGAGCACAAAAGGCUUCACACAAAAGGAACAACUUGAGGUGGUAAAACGCUUUCGUGAAGGUGGGUAUAACACUCUGGUCUCUACCUGUGUUGGGGAAGAAGGCUUGGACAUUGGAGAAGUUGAUCUCAUCAUCUGCUUUGACGCUCAGAAAAGUCCAAUUCGCCUUGUGCAGAGGAUGGGCCGAACGGGGCGCAGGCGGCAAGGCAGGAUCGUUGUCAUCCUCGCCCAAGGGCGGGAGGAACGGACUUACAAUCAGAGCCAGUCUAACAAAAGGAGCAUCCACAAAGCUAUUUCAGGAAACAAAAUGCUUCAUUUUUACCAGCAUAGCCCACGUAUGAUUCCAGAAGGCAUAAAUCCAAAGUUGCAUAAAAUGUUUAUUACUGCUGAAAAAUAUGAACCAAGCAAUUCCAGAAUGCCUUCCAAAGAGAGAAGAAGAUCUACUUCCCUCCAGCGUAAAUCUGCUCUCUUUUCCUGUGUCACCGGCCAAAAGCAAAUACACUGUCAUGAGAAUUGGUCUCUGUCGCCUGAGGAAUUUGAAAUAUGGGACAGACUUUACAGGAUUAAGGAAAGUGAUGGAGUAAAGGAACCAAUAUUGCCUCAAAUUCAGUUUGAAACCUUAGAAAACCUGGAAGAAAAGCAUGAAGAGAAGGCAACUCGUGAACUUUCCUUGUCCGAAUGGAGAAUUUGGCAGAAUCGUGCUUUUCCGACAUCCAUGGUUGAUCACUCAGAUCGUUGCUACCAUUUUAUCAGUGUUAUGGAAAUGAUAGAACUGAUGAGACAUGAACAGGGAGAUUGCAGCUAUGAACUGGAGAUUAAGCCUCACUUACGUAUUGAAGACGUUAAUGUUCAAAGGAAUAAAAGUCAUCUUUCCAUGACCAACUCCACAUUUGAUCAGAAAGCACGCUCAUCUGGAAAAGACAUGGCACACAGAUCAAAAGGCAGUCAAAAGGAUGAGGAACUAGAGGUGACAUUUGACUUGAAUUCAUUUAUUGACCUAUGUGACAACAGUGAAAGUGCUGUAAUUCAUGAAAGUGCAGCAAUAAAGGAAUACAAAACUGUAGAUAAAGAUUGUAGGUCACUGGGAAGGAACCAUGCAGAUUCAGGUUAUAGUAGCUUCACAGCUGAGAAAUCACCUGUGUCCUCUGACUUAUUUUAUCUUCCUGAAUCAUACGUGGAUUCAUUUGCACUUACGGCUGCUGUUAAAGCCCGAGAGGAACUUGACUGGAAUGACAGCUUUGAUGGUCUGUUUGACAAUGAAGAAUUCACUGAAAUUCAAAAGAAAACUCCAGCAAUAAAUCACACUCUGACAAAUAAGCCUUCAAAUAAGUAUUUUGUUCAAGAAGAUAAAGAUGAUCUUGAAAUGAACAAGAGAAAUGUGACUAUUAACGAAGAGAAGAGUAUACGUUUAUUUGAAGAUGACCACGUUUCUGACACAAAUAAUGGAAGUUUUUCAGCGCGCAGCAAGCGUUCAGUCAAGCCAGGUUCAGGCGAGAGUGGCGUUAGGCCAGCUGCAGAGCGAGGCUCCGAGCGGCCUCCCUCGGAGGUGUGCUGCGUGAGCGCUGGCAAAGCCUGCAGGGAGCAGCCAAUAAGCGGUAAAACCGCAGCCGUGGGAAUGUCGGGUGAGCUUAGUGUGACUGAGGCGUUUCUGGAUACUGAUGAUCUUUAUGACUGUUCUCAAGAGCUGCUUUCUGUUAACUUUGAUCUGGGAUUUUCCAUUGAAGAGUGUGAGAACGAGAUCUUUGAAGAAGCUAUAAAUACUAAUAAUACCAGAAAAGUAAAUGGAACCAGCAGUGAGAGUGAAGAAGAGAUCGUUUUCCAGAGAAAAAAUAGGAAAAAGAAGAAUGUUUUGAAGUCUCCUGAUGUUAUGAAUGAUAGUGAUUUGGAAUCGCCAAUUCGAGCCAUCCGAAAACGUCGACACCCACUUAAUAUGAAUGCAGCAAGACAGUUUUUAGAUGAAGAAGCUGAGCUGUCCCAGCAAGAUGCAGAUGAUGUUUCAUCUGAUGAGAAGGACGAUGCAGAGAAUGAGCUGAACUCUUCACUUGCUCAGUUCCUGAACGAUGAUGUAGAGGUCACACAAGUGUUAAAUGACUGUGAAAUGAAAGGAGUUUACCUGAAAUCUGUGCGUAGUCCAGCUCUUGGCAAUAGAUACAAAAUGGUUCAUCGUGAAUUCAACAACAUGACAAUUUUCUCACAGAUUCCUGAGCAAGACCAGACUUACGCAGAAGACAGUUUCUGUGUUGGAGAGGAGGAAGAGGAAACUUGCCAAAAAAGUGAAUCUAGUGAGGAGGAAGUGUGCGUUAAUUUUGAUCUCCUAAAUAAUGAGAGUUUUACUAGUGGAAGAAAACAAUACCUCACUCGCCGCAGAAAAAAGUUAAACCAGGCCGGGAUGGGAGAGAACUGCUCUGUGCCAAUGCAAAAGAAGAAACCGUCCCGAAUUAUUGUUCUCAGUGAUUCCAGCGGGGAAGAAGCAAGUGUCAGCAAUGAGAAGCCCAUGAAAACAGACUGUUUCUGGGCAGAACAGGAAGACGCUAAGUUACCCAAGUCAUUGCCUUCAGCCCCUUCUGUGCAGCCCAAGAAAAUUCCUGGAGAAACCAGUGUUUAUCAGUCUGUGGAGAGUAAAAGUGCGAUGCUUCUCGGCUUGAAAGCUUCAGUGGAAAGUUCUUUGAAGAACCCCUGUCGGAGCACUUCAGUUCCACCGUGUCCUGCUUCCACAAACCCCUCUUCAGCUACAGCUCUGUCUUCACGUGACCCUCUGGAGACAAAACCUUCGCUCUGUAUUCUGGUGGACAGUCGUGAGAUCUCCUCCGGAGCAGAGGUGAUUUCUUCCUUGAAGGCCGUUCACGGAGUCAAGGUGCAGGUUUGCUCGCUGAGCAGCAGCGAUUACGUCGUGAGCAACCGCAUGGCAGUGGAAAGGAAGUUCCUGUCGGAAUUACUGAACUCUGUGAACAGGAAUAAAGUCACCCAGCGGAUCCAGCGCCUGCAGAGCAUGUUUGAGAGAAUAUGCGUGAUUGUGGAAAAGGACAGGAUUAAAACAGGAGAAACGUCACGAUUUUUCCAGAGGACGCAGUACUACGACGGCGUGCUCUCAGCCUUGGUCCAGGCUGGGGUCCGAAUCCUUUUUAGCACUUGCCAAGAGGAAACUGCCGGUUUGCUGAAAGACCUGGCUUUGGUGGAGCAGAGGAAAAACGCCGCCAUUCGUGUGCCAACGGAGGUGGAGGGUCACAAACGGGACGUGCUCAGCUUCUACUUGAGUAUUCCUCACCUCAGCUACCCGGCCGCUCUCAAUAUGUGCCAUUGCUUUGGCUCGGUGAAGAAGAUGGCCAACAGCUCCCCGCUGGACAUCGCCACCGGCGCCCAGGUCAGCCGGCAGAAGGCGGAGGAGAUCUACCGCUACCUCCACCACGGUUUCGAUGUGCAGAUGCUGCCCGAGAGCCUCUGCGCUAAGGGGAGGAGGAGCGCAGCUGCCGAGAGCUGA